AUGGACGAGGUCAGCCCCAUUGCCGAGCUCCUGGGCCAGGCAAUCUACCAAUUUACACAGAUCAAACCUUUGUUACCAACCUACGGACAUCUGCUUGUCUCUGCGCUCUUUCCCAUCUACAUCGGCGCCCAUGCAUCCCUGUCAAGACCGUCUUCGGCCGCGAAACCUGAGAAAUCGGAGGAAGAUGGAGACGAAUCAGAAGAGGAAGAAGAAGCUGGUGGUAUUCAGAAGAUGGAGGGCCUUGCACCAAGUGAUGCAUUGAUGUUUCCACUGACAGCUGGUUUAACCCUCGGGGGCUUGUAUCUGGUCAUUAAGCACAUGGGCGCUGAUCUGCUGAAUAAGAUUCUUGGCUACUAUUUCUCCCAGAUGGGUAUGCUCUUUGCUAUAGCCUUCCUAAAAGACUCUUUUGCUGUCGUGCGCUCAUUCGUCUUCCCCCGCGAGUACAGCAGCUCUGGCAAGAUUUGGAAGCGGAGAUCCACCCAACGUGUCUUUGAAAGUGCUUCCGAAGGUGCCUCUAGAUGGGAGUCUUCGGAGGUGGGAAUCCGGAAUUCUCCCCUCCCUGGGUUCUGGGGGUCAAUCCCAUUGCCGCAUACUGCUCGUGCAGCACUCUGGACUUGCCGUGAAAUAGUAUAUUGGCGCGCUAAGCUUAGAAUCCAUAUACAUCGUGUUCUCCGCACUGAAUGCUGGCUUAGUAUCUUGGACAUUAUCAGCAUAGCUGUAUCAUUCCCUACAAUUGGUUACUUCACUUUUGUGUCCAAACCAUGGUGGUUGACCAACUUCCUGGGAUUCAGUUUCUGCUAUGGCACCCUGCAAUUUAUGUCGCCGUCUACCUUCAUCACCGGAUCGCUGAUCCUGGGAUCUUUGUUCUUCUAUGACAUCUAUUUUGUCUAUUUCACCCCACUGAUGGUGACGGUUGCAAAGACCUUAGACGUCCCGAUCAAGCUCCUGUUUCCGCGCCCUGCAGCGCCUGGGGAGGCACCCGAUACUAUCUCCCUUGCUAUGCUGGGACUGGGCGACAUCAUCAUUCCCGGUAUGAUGGUAGGCCUGGCACUCCGCAAGCCGCAGCUGGACCCUCCCUACCACAACGCCCGAUCUUUCCCCAAGCCUUAUUUCACCGCCAGUCUCAUUGGAUAUGUCAUGGGUAUGCUUGCGACUCUGAUCGUAAUGCAGGUGUUUGACCAUCCCCAGCCUGCGCUCCUGUACCUUGUACCUGGGGUUUUGAUCUCUCUGUGGGGAACUGCAUUGGUGAGAAAGGAGAUCCAAGAGAUGUGGGAGUUUAGCGAUGCGGAAGAAGACGAGGAACAGGAGCCCACAGAUGAUAAGCAAGCAAAGGAUUCGGUCGAGACUGGCGGGCAAGCAUCUCUUUUCUCCCGGAUAUUUUCCAAAUCUCAUGAUGCCGCGUCGAAUAAUGCUUCCAAGGAAACUGCAGAGAGACAGGCGUCGGAGGAAUCCGCCAAAGACGAGGAUGAUACCACGAAGAACUUCGAGUUAUUCACCAUUUCCUUGUACUAUCCUCGGAAGCAACAGCAACAGUCUGACAAGACUCAGAAGCCCACAGAGCGUGUUUCGUCCCCGGAGGACGAUGAAAAUUGGGCCAUUGUUGGUGCUGACCGGGAUGCUGAACCGCCCGCGAAGCGCCUGCGUCGGAGUCCCAGACAUGCAGCCGACCAGAAAUAA